GGCGGAGCUUUGCGUACAGGCAGGAAGUGGAAGAAAGGUAAAGUGAAAGUAUACUGCCACGGCUAAGCUCUACGUUUAAAGUCUGAUUUCUGUUACUAUUACUUAAAUAAACUGGAUUUUGUUUUUGUUUUUUUCUUCAGAUUUCUAAGGUUUAAGAGUGAGGAGAAAUGUCCUCCAUCAGCUGGAUUCUCGUGAAGCACCUGGAUGAGCUGGUCCAGGGCGACUUGGACAGAUUUAAAUGGUCUCUGAUGAGAAACAAAGCGCAGGGUUUUAGGCCUGUUCCCCGCAGCAAACUGGAGAACGCUAAUCAGCACGAUGUUGUGGACCUGAUGGUGGAUCAGUACGGACCACAAGACGCCGCCAACAUCACUAUAAAUAUUCUUAAAGACAUCGGAAAGGAGAAUCUCGCCAGUACCCUGGAAAAGAUGGUGGCAGGCCAAGUCCAGGCAGUAGAGGUGGACGGUGUGUCUUCCUCUUCCUCUUCCUCUUCUUCUUCCUCUCAGGCUGGUGGAGUCUCACAGGAAAUCAGCGCUAACAUGACGAGCACCGUACAAGCUCCUGUUCUGUCUGGAGUAAAUGGCCCGGUGACGAUAAACUUCACGAAAUGAAAACCUCCACCCUACACAUCUGGAGUGUUUUUAAUUCAGGGAAAAAACCCCCCAGAUAAUUAAGCGUCAGUGUGAACAGACCAAAGACGUGAAGGAAGUGUAAUUGUUUUGUCACUGUUAUUUUAAAUGCAUGUAGGUCUAGUUAUUUAAUUUAAUUAUGGUAUGCAUUAGUGUAUAAUAAAAUGGUAACUUUUAUGCACGAAUCAUA